UUAUUUUGCUCAUUAUCCGUAGAACAUUUGAGUAAGCAGCGAAGACGUUCAACACCUAAGUUCGUAGAAAACAUGGAUGAUGAAGAGUGGGGACUUGUUUACAUGGAAGAUGUAAAAGGUUAUGUCAAGGAUCACGGUGUCUCCGGUAUCGAAGAUUUUUUUAAAACACAACUAGGCCGUUGGAAAGAUGUAGAAAUCAAGAUUGGGGUGACAGGCAACUCAGGCGUUGGAAAAUCUAGUUUUAUUAACGCCAUACGAGGACUUCGAGAAGACGAUGAAGACGCAGCAGAAACUGGAGUGACAGAGACAACUUUGAUGGCGAUAUCAUAUCCUCAUCCAACAAAUCCCAAAAUUAUUUUCUGGGAUCUUCCCGGCAUUGGAACACCCAACUAUCCUGAUUUACCCACGUACUGUGAAAAAGUAAACUUGGAGAAGUACGACACCUUCUUGAUUUUCACCAGGGGACGAUUCACUCAAAAUGAUCUGAUUCUGGCGAAAAAAGUUAUCUCUAUCGACAAGUCUUUCUUUUUCAUUCGCACACACAUCGAUGUGGAUUACAACAACGAGAAACGAAAGAAAGCGUUCAAAGAAGAAGAAAUGUUGAAGAAGAUUCGCACUGAUUGUUGGAAAAAUUUUCAAGGCGUCCGUCAUGGAUUGAACGAAAAUAAAGUGUUUCUUAUCAGUAACCACCAUCCUACCAAAUGGGAUUUCGCACGUUUAACCCAGUCUAUUCUCGACGUUCUGCCGUUUCGACAACGAGAGUGUCUCACUUUGUCCUUAGGUGUUGUAGCAAAUUUCUCCCUUGCAUGUUAGCACAAAGCAGUUAUGCGUCCGUCGGUUCUCUAUGGGACUGUAUACUAUCUAAAGCUAGCGCGCAGUCAAACACAAUUCUCAAAAUGUCAUCAAUUCCAAUUCAUGCUCCUUACUCGUUCACAGGCAUCAACAAAAGACAAUGCCGUCUUAAUUGGACCCUUCUAAAAUACUCAAUAAUCAUAAGUUCCUUUUUCCGCUUUAA